CCAAAUGUUAGAACACCGUCAUACUUAUCAAAGGCCAACAAUCGUAGUGUUUCUUGACAUCAGGGCUGCCUUCGAUUCGUUGGAUAGGACUGUUCUCUGGGAUUGUCUAUUGAAGAAGGGUGUGCCUGAGAAGUUUAUUAACAUCCUAAAAGCCCUAUAUACAAACACCUCAGGCAGAGUGAGGGCAUACAACCACCUUUCUCCAUUGUUCCAUUCGAGCAAUGGGAUUAGACAGGGUUACCCGAUCUCACUAUUCCUCUUCAAUUUCGCCAUCGAUGACGUUCUGGAAACAGCUCUGACGAAAGUAAUUAAUGGCAGUGUGGAUCUGUUGCCUGGAGAAAGACUUCUCAACCUUGAGUAUGCGGAUGAUAUUGUCUUAUUGUGCGGUAAUGCCCAAGGCAUGCAGUCCGCACUUAAUCAGUUGGCAAUCAAUGUCCGUAGGUAUGGUAUGUGCUUUGCACCUUCGAAGUGCAAAGUACUUCUACAAGACUGGCAGGAUUCAAAUCCUGUACUCACCCUAGAUGGUGAGCAGAUAGAAGUAGUCGAGAAGUUUGUGUAUCUAGGCUGCUGCAUAAGUGCUGGUGGGGGGUGUGAGUGAUGAGAUCAAUGCACGUAUAGUGAAAGCCAGAGCGGCUUAUGCCAAUCUGGGACAUCUUUGGCGCAUUCGUGAUGUUAGUCUGGCUGUAAAAGUUCGGAUCUACAACGCGUCGGAAAGAGCGGUUCUGCUAUGUGCUCGUGAAACCCGGUCUCUCCGAGUUGAGGAUGUUAGACGACUCUGUUUGAUCAUCGUUGUCUCUGAAGGAUUACUGACAUCCAGUGGCAACACCAUGUUAGUAAUGUAGAGGUUCGGCAUCGUGUGUUUGGGCGCAGAGACGAUAAUUCAAUUGGUGUCACCAUCGUGAAACACCGACUUCGGUGGCUUGGACAUGUUCUCCGAAUGUCGUCCCAGAGAAUUCCACGUCGUGCAUUAUUUGCCGACUCUGGGACUAGUUGGAAAAAGCGGAGAGUUGGUCAGUGUAUGACAUGGAGUCGUGGUAUGAAAGAAUUCUGCAAAGGACUGGCUUCUGUUGGCCCUUCACGACUCCCUGGCUGGGGUCCGAGAGAUGGUGCUACACAGUGGCUAGAGACGUUAUCAGAUAUGGCUCAGAAUAGAAGCCAGUGGCAAUCUUGCUGUAACCUUCUUUUACUUUCUUCAUAAAAAGUGGUUGUAUCUUCCUGAACUGCAAGAAUUCUUCUGAUUGUACCUUUCCGUUUCCCCCAUUAUUAUUAUUAUUAUUUUUAUUGUUACAUUACCUUACACUAAUCUGUUCGUUAUAGUUCUUUUUUUUCUUUUAGGCCCCUUACCUUCCUUUUCUUCUCUUCUCAUUCCCAUUGUUUUGUGUGGCGCAUAUAUAUUCGGUGCCUCUUUGUACCAUAAUUUAGGUGUUAAUGUAAAUAAAAUAAAUAAAACUUCCCCAGGUGGACCCUCCGUGUCCAUCAAUCCAGUUGAAGCGCCGGACAUUCGCCUUGCGUCCUCUGAAUUUCGUAAACAACACUUCCCUGGAAUUGGCUGUUUACGGGUGGUCAUGUGAGAGUAUCUCGAGAGGAAAAGGUGAUUCCCCACCCUCGACCGUAUCAGAGCAUUUGGUACGUUAUCAAACAUGGCUCAAAAUAUAUGCUACUGAGGAUCCUGUUUUAGUUUUCCUAUACAUUCUUCUUAGAACUAAAAGUAAUUUCCUUAACUGGAAGUACUUUUUUUCGGUUAUGUUGUUGACUGUUCGUGUUCACUUAUUAUUCCUCUUAAAUUGUUCUACCUUUAUCUCAUCACCUUUGCAAUGCUUUUUAUGUUUUUCGUAUGUUGCAUUCUAUCUUUGGUGUCCAGUUGUACCAUAUUUUGCAUAUUAAGUAUAUAUAUAAUACCAUUAAGGUAGUUACAUAUUUUUCAAUUUAAUCAUAGAAACUCCUUACAGGUUAUUCCAUUCUUAUCUGAUACCUAACUCAAUGUUUUGAAGGAAACCUAUUGUUCCUAACCUCCUUAUAAUUUUGAUUCUCAUAUGUAGGAUGAACAACACCCUUGGUUUUAUAAUGCUACUGUCAAAGGAUGCUGCGGGACAACUUGUGAACAAACAGAUGCUUCGGUUGAUGCCUUUGACGAAAAUGACGAAGCAAGAGCUUCAGGAGUUAUCGAAGGUGUCUUCGAAAACAUUUUACAUCAGAAACAAAGUGCCGCACGUGCAGACGUUCGCGUAAGUGUUUUCUAUAUUCAGUAUGUUUUGGCUUUUCUCAUUAAUUUGUGAUUAUUUCUGAACAAUAUAAAAAGUCAGUUGCCCGCUACUCGUAACCUAGCACAUCUUUCUAUCGGUUCAGGUUGUCAAACUGCUUUAUCAAUGCAAGAUGUAACUAUCUAGAUAUAUGCUAAAUUAAAAGUAGUAAUAGUAUCAGCAGUAAUAGGAAAAAUUAGACACUGAAGGUAAAAAGAAUGAGUUCACAGAACAAUAUGUAUAAAGUAAUUUUAAAACUUAUGAUCUAUAAGGAGACAGAGUGAAUGCAUCUGUACCCUUUUGGUUGGUUAUGAUAAAUGAGCGAACCCCAACCGGGUUCCAUGUACCUACUAAGGGUGCCAGUAAUAUUUGACAUUGUCUAUAAGUAUACAGAACACGAUGUUUAAUUCCCCUAGUUUAUCUAGUUAUCGUAUCAUUUUGACUUGUAAGCCUAAUUUUUAUUUUCACUUAUACUUCUGAGAGGUCAAAGUUUUAUUAGCCAUUGUACAGAAAUGAUGAUCUUUACCGAUGUGCUAUAUUAGAAUGAAUAAAUUUUUUCUGGUGUUUUCACAACUGAGUAUGUCAUACGAUAUUACCUAAAAUGCACCCACUUACAUAGUGGACCUAUCGUCUGAAAGACACGAUUGUAUUUUUAUAGCGCGCUUAUAUUUAUAUUGAUAAUCAAUGAAGACGGGUAUUAGACUACCUAAUUAACAAGUUCUUCAUAUGAAGUUAAGAGUAAUUUUCGGUCAGUGAGCGUACACUAUCAAGUUGAAAUGAUACAUGCUCGGGAAUCUUAAGACUAAACAAUAGUCCAAUUGGAGUUUAAAGUGGUACAGAUCAGUAGAAGCAAAGCAUUUUCAUUAUGUUGAAAGGUAUAUCUUAUAACUCGUUGUAGUAUUUUCUGUGAUUAUUAUGAAAUGAUGACAGUCCAUGAAUACUGUUUAUAGUAAAUGAAUAUCGAAGUGGAAUUUCUCAGUCUUACAAAACGAAAUUUUGUAAAUAUUUACUUCUGUCAUUCUUGCGUAGGUCUUUUUUAGGAACAGCAGUAGUACCAUAAUGAAUAUCCAAAAAUGAAGCAUUUUUCUUGUAGUUCAAAUGAAUUUUAGUAACUGCAAGAUGUCUGUAUGUUACAUCAAUAAUUUUAAUCCCUUUUUAAAGGUGGUUCGAGGAUCAGGAAUGAUUCGUUGUCUCCCGUGGAAAAUACUUGUAAUUUUUCAUCCACCGGACGCUCAGUCGACAAUUGGUGUUUUUGUACAGUGUAAUGCAGAAAGCGAAUCACUAACCUGGAGUUGUACCGCCAAAGCAACUAUUCAGUUAGUUGCUCAGAGAUCGAAUUGCAAGAAUAAAGAAAUGAAAAUUCAGCAUACUUUCACACACAAGGAAAACGAUUGGGGUUUCCAACAAUUUAUUAGUUAUGACGAGUUGCUUAAUCCAGAGAGAGGUUUCUUAUCUCCAACAGAUCCGAAAGAUACAAUUAUUAUCCGAGCUCAUAUUAAAGCUGAUGCUCCUCAUGGUGCUGAUUGGGAUUCCAAACGCCACACUGGAUUUGUUGGGCUGAAAAAUCAGGGCGCUACUUGCUAUCUAAAUUCUCUACUUCAAGCAUUGUAUUGCACAAAUAAAUUACGACGUGCAGUAUUUUUAAUGCCAACGGAAAGUGAUGAUGCCCAAACAAGUGUACCUCUGGCUCUGCAGCGAGUAUUUUAUGAAUUGCAGUUCAGUAGUCGUGCUGUAGGCACUAAAAAGUUGACUCGCAGUUUUGGUUGGGCCACUUUAGACUCAUUUAUGCAACAUGAUGCUCAGGAAUUAUGUCGGGUUUUACUAGACAACUUGGAAAACAAAAUGAAAGGUACUUCAGUUGAGGAUGUUAUACCCGGACUAUUUUGUGGGAAAAUGCUUUCUUAUAUAAAUUGUAUCAACGUUCCUUAUUCUUCUAAGAGAGAAGAAAAUUUCUAUGAUAUCCAACUUAAGGUUAACGGAAAUCGUUCCGUUUAUGACGCUUUCAAUGAAUACAUUGCUAAAGAAACCCUCUCUCAAGAUAAUAAGUAUGAUGCUGGUGCUUAUGGGCUCCAAGAAGCUGAAAAAGGUGUUAUAUUUACACGAUUUCCGCCGGUAUUGUAUCUGCAACUAAUGCGUUUUCAGUAUGACUUCGUUGCUGACACAAAUAUCAAACUAAAUGAUCGGUUUGAAUUUCCACCUAUUCUUAAGUUGGAUCAGUUUUUGGCUGAACCAAAACCAUCUACUUACAAACUUCACGCUGUACUUGUGCACUCUGGCGAUAAUCAUGGUGGUCAUUAUGUUGUAUAUAUAAAUCCAGCGCUAAAUGGUAUAUGGUAUCAGUUUGACGAUGAUGUUGUUUCACGUUGCUCACCCCGUGAUGCUAUCGAUAUGAAUUUCGGAGGUAGUGAUGAUCCUGAUAUGCGUCUUUGCACAAACGCUUAUAUGCUUGUGUAUAUCGCAGAUUCCGCGAAAGAUGAUGUUUUAUGCCCUGUUUCUGAGAUAGAUAUUCCUGAGACAUUACGCGAGCGAUUCAUGGAUGAACAAAAAAUGGAUGAGGCUAAAAGAAAACAAAAAGAAAAGGUUCAUUUGUAUGUCGCUAUUCAGUUAAUACUUGAAGAGGACUUCUAUGGUUGGCAAGGUCCAGAUUUGUGUAGUCAAGAGUUAUUGCCCAGUCGGAUGUUACGCGUUCAAAAACAAACUGUUCGUCCGAAAUUACUAGAAGAUGUAGCAAGUGUGUUGCAUUAUCAGCCUGAAGGAAUACGUUUGUGGCGGUUUCAACCUCGACGUAAGAACAUGCCUACUCAUCUAAUUGAACUUUGUGAUAAUCAACCAUUAUGCGCUAUGAAAGAUGCUCUCAUAUUUUUUGUUCAGUCCGAUACUUCGACUAAUUCAUUUAUUCCUCGUGUGGAUAAAGAACAAACUGUGAUAGAUCGACACUUGUUUUUCCUCAAAUAUUUCGAUCCAUUCACUUGGACGUCAACAUUUUGUGGCCAUGUGGAAAUUCGCAGAGAAGAAUCGUUGAGGGUUAUUGAACCAAUAGCUCGCGAACGGGUUGGAUUACCUUCUAAUUGCAAAUUAAUGUUCUUCCAAGACGAUGCGAAAUCUUUGAUAUCUGAAAUUACACAACUUGAUAUCCCAAUAUCUAAAAUGUAUAAACGCGACAUUCAAGGACAAAUUUUGUACUUCCAAGCUAAAUCAAUGAAUUGCUCAAUCCCACUACCAUUUGGAUUGAUGGAAACCACUGAGAUGGGGAAAGAAGCGUUGAGCAGUUUGGUAGAUGAUGCGCAUGUUUUGUCGUCUGUCGAAAGUCCUCUUCUUACUGACAACAGCCAGGUUAUUGGUAUGAAUGGUAUAGUCAUCCCUUCAAAUAUCGUGGACGAUAAUGUUAGUGGUAACGCAGAUGUUUGCAGAGAUAUUUCGGAGUCUUCUGUUGUCUCGUUAUCGAAUAUUGAUUCCAUUACUUUGCAUAAAAUGGCUACUUUCCCAGCAGUAGCUGGCAAUAAAUCUCGAUCUUGUAUGAAUCUGAUGGGUCAACCGAUUACGGCGGAUUUACAAACGCAAACAAUCUCAUCUGCAGAAAAACUGACGAUUUUUGAUUACUUCAGCAGUUAUAUACGUCAGUUCGAAAUAUUAUUGGUGGAUAAGCUUAGACCUCAGGACGCUGGGAUUCUCAUUCAGGUGUCAGCCGAUCUUACGUAUUGGGAAUUCGCCAAUGUUGCUGCAGCUUACCUAUCAACGCAAAGUAACCGUCUUCAAUUUUUCCGUUCACAACAAGGAUUUGGCAAUACGACGGAUGCUGUUAAUGCACCAAUUUAUGUCUCACCUGUCUCCACUGGGACUGGUGUCACUGGAAGUGAACUUGCAUCUCCACCUAUCAGUUCAGAAACUACAGAGAACACUUGUGGCAAUAACAACGUUUGUUCUGUAGAGAGUGGGGCUUUAGGAGUUACAGGAACUCGUGGAUCACCAAUUCAUCCUCAUUUGUUAACAGCCAAAUCAUCUGGUUUCCCAACGUCGUCACCCUACUUAAAUUCACUUGUGGCAGCAGCAGCCGCUCAGGGUUUGAUGCGAGAACCUCCCGGUCCUGCAAUCAGCUCUUCAUAUUCUGGUACAUUGCAGGAAUUUUUCCUUCCGUUUACUGUUGCGCACACGAAUACUUCAUGGGCUUCUGAUGUUGGUGGUAUCGGGCCAGGUUUAGUUAACAGCGGAAAUACAUUGUCAGGGACUGGUGGAAAUACCCCCACUCCAGAUCGCUUCCCAAUACCGCUUAAUCGUUUUUGUGGUGCUGUGACUGUUAGCCGUUCUCCUUUGGGUCCUGUUACUUCUUCCCCACCUCGUCGUGUGUACUACGCACAUCUGGCUAUUCGAAUUGAUGAACUUGAAACAAUGCGUCAAGUUCGUGUGGUUUAUGUUGGGCAAAAAUUAUCGGAAAAGGCAGAAUUAAUUCUCUCAGUACCCCAGAAUGGUUUAGUUUUUGAUCUUUUAAAAGAAGCUUCUCGUCAUUUAGUCUUGCCUCCUGGUGGUUCUGGCCAACUGCGUUUACUCAAAAUCUCUCGUAAUCGAAUUAUACAAGAGUAUCCUCCAACACAAAAACUUUCACUCAUACCUGAAUCUGCUGUGUUUCCCCAAACAUAUGCAGGGUCGUCUCCUAUUCAUAGUCUUCGGAUUGAAGAAAUUCCUCUUGACGAAAUAAACUUGAAACCUGACGAAACUGUAGUGUACGUUUCUCAUUUUGACAAAGCUUUCACAGAGACUUUCGGGGUGCCGUUUACUGUACGCAUUCGAGAUGGAGAAAAUUACACUGCAGUGCGCGAGCGUAUACGUAAACGACUAGAAGUACCUGAAAAGGAGUUUGACCGCUGGCGAUUCGCUGUAAUUUAUCCAACUGAGGGUGCCUACAUCCCAAAUGAAGGGGAUCCCACAGUGCAGAUAAAAAGAUUUACUCACUAUUGUCUUCCCGAAAGUCGCCCAUGGUUGGGAAUUGAUCAUAAGCCAUCUAAACGUCCUCGUUAUGCUCCAAAUGAAAAGCCUAUCAAGAUUCAUAAUUAAAAAAAUUCAUUCAUUGAUUUGUGCGUAAUAUAUCUUCACUUCGUUUCUUGCGCGACUUAGUUUUGAAGAUACUCUUUCCUUCAGUUAUCUGCAGGCUAACUGUAAAACCAGUGACUUUUAACCAGCUUUUCAUAUUACCAGUUGUGAAUGACUUUCAAAAGCUUCGUUAACAUAUUCAUAGGUUCGAUGGAUUAUCUUUUUCACCUUGUCAGUACUUUGAAUAAUUAUCUAGUACACCGCAGUGCUUGUGUUUGUCACUUUCACUGUGACAAUAUUCAUGUAAUUUCUUAGCUUUGCUGUUUGUAUUGUGCAUAUGAGACAAAUGUGAUGCUCUCAAAUGCUCAAGAUUCUUCGUACCUAUUUUGAAUUAAGUUGAGCUUGUCCACCGUCUGCAACACUAAUUAUGCCGUAAAGUGUUGUUGUCUAACUCUCAACCAAAUUUAUGAAUUACUUCGAAGCAUUUUAGAUCAAUUGUAUUGAAUAAAAUUUAUCUGCACAGAAAAUCUGAUAUUAUUUAUUUGUACGUGUUUGCUUUAUUUGUACUAAUCAUUUUCACACCAUUCAGUUAGUUUUUGAGCUAUAUACGUUAAGUGUUUCUCGGUCAGUCAGUUCAUAGCUCUGACUUAUUAUCCCCUAAUUUCUCCCACUUAUCUACAUGUACUAAUAGGCAAUAGUUUGUUUUAUUGUUGGUACAUCUGGUUUGUCUACAGAUGUAUAGCAUAAAAAUCCUAGGUGUAUCGUUUUAUUAAUACUAAAAGCUAUUUGACUUCAGUAUCUAAUCUUCCUGGUAAAGUAAAAUUGUUUGACUAC